CCCUCAUCUCCCAACCUGGGCACCUCCUGCCCUGACCCGCCACCCCCUCCCCGUUCUCCCUGAGGAAAUAAAAGUGUUCAUGGAGAGAGGAUCAGCCACUAUCUCUGCUGAAGACCAUAGGGUACCAUGCCAUUGCCAAACUACGCUCCAAGCAGUAACGAAAUCAUGCCUGUGCCAAAGAAAUCAGGAAGAAAAUCCCAGGCAGCUCCUGCAGAGGUGCCGCCGGUGUACGAGCCCAAUAUUCAUGAUCCCACCACCAGGGCUGACCUCAUGAAAUACUGGAUCCCCCUCUCCCUGGAUGACAAAACGGCCCAGAAGCUGCUGUGGAUAUCCGAGAGCAACCUCAAGGUGUCGCGUAUGUCAGAGGAGGUGUGUCCAUACCCCAUGAGACCGGAGAGAUAUGAGCAUUCGCCACAGGUGCUGUGUAAGGAGGGUCUGUUGGGGCAGAGAGGGUACUGGGAGGUGGACUAUGGCGGCUGGGUGGUGAUUGGGGCAGUGUACGAGAGCAUGGGCCGGAAGGAUGGGCCAUGUGGGCUGGGGGAGAACGAAAGCUCAUGGGGUGCGGGCUGGGCCGGCUCCUGCUACCAAGUCUGGCACAACGGGGAGAAUGUGGAGGUCGGGCUCCCUUUGUGCAACACCAUGAGCAUAUACCUGGACCAGCCCGCUGGCAUCAUCAAGUUCUUCAUCGUGGAAGGAGAAGAGGAGGCGGAGAAGGCAGUGCGACUGAUACACAAGUUCAAAACUGACCUCAAAGAGAAGAUUCUGCCUUGUUUCUGGGUUGGCAGUAAAUCCUUCUGUUGGAUCCGGAAGAAAGAGGGACAGUAACAAGAAGGGUGUAGGAAAGGAGAGGGAAUAACAGGUCAGGGAAUUUGUAAGAGAGGGAGGUAAAGUGAACGAGAAGAUAUAUGUUUCUAAUAUUUGGAGCACAAGCACUGGUGUCAGAAUGCAGAAUUGAAGCAGAGAAUAAUGGAAUCUUCACAACAUGAAAUCAGUUGUAAUCUGUUCACAUCAUGUCUAUGGUUUUAAGUGUUGCUGUUAUCCCACUGUUGCAUGAGGACAACAUACAUGUGAAUUGCUAGGUUAUAUUAUAAUAUUUAGAAUGACAAUUAUAUUGAAUAUUACUAUUUAUUUGUACCGUCAGUCGUUUUUGUUACAGCACUAGUUUGUUAGUGUUAAAGUAGGGUGUGUAGUUUAAAUGCAUAGCUUGUAUCAUUAUAUAUCUGAUUGAACCAUGGUCAUGUAUGAAUGUGAUGAAUAAAUACAACUGUGUAAACAAUAGAGUUCAACUAUUUAC